AUGUCGGCUGCCACCUCAGCAACUGGCGACGAUAAAGCUAAGGCUGAGCAGGAGCUUACCAGAGCCAAGCGUCUACUGGCAGAACAGAUUGCAGCCAUGGCAAAGAGGCGAAAGAGAGGCGGUUCGGAGGCAGCAUCAGAACAGUUGAGUCAAGGUGAGCUGUCGCUAGAAUUCCUGCUCUACUUCGUCAGCAUGCACUACGAGUGCUACGUGAUAUGCGAUGAGUUGCCAGCUGAGGAUCAACGUAAUGAUGUGCAGCAUGAGGUUGAGAUGCAGCAAGUUAUCAUGCCUGGCAAGUUUUUGGCUGGGAAGGAGAUUGAUGUGGAGUGGCCUGACGUUGGGUUUCAGAUCCCCUCUCUGCAGCGCUCACAGAUGUUCGAUGAUGCCAGGUUUGACCCGAAGUACUACGUGCCAGAGGAUCCAAAUUCACCUCAGCAGAGUUUUCUUGAUGCGAUGAUUCUGAGGGCGACUGGAUGGAUACUUAGACUAGAUUGCGAGUCCAGCGGGUACCACGAUUGGAUGACCUGGUGCGUACCUUACGUCAUGGCGAAACUUCAAGUGGCAUCGUGGACUCAAGAGGCAGCGGCUGGACGCUCGAUGGAGCAGAUGGCUCAAGAUAUCUGCUACGGCUGCUGGCAGAGUUCGGGACCUGGCCGAAGGAACGUGAUUGAGUACAUGAACUGGGUCGGCAGACGCGAGUCGCAUGAGUCUUGGGAAAGGGCAGUCAGUCGGCACUUCAGAGCUCUGCGGCACACGCGCAGAGUAAUGAGGACUUGCAGCUACCAUUGCGUGAUGAAGAUGGGGCUGACCGAGCAGGCUAAGAGGCAGCGUGCCUUCGAGCGCAGGUCUCUGCAGGCAGCGGUCCCGAUCGCAUCGAUGCGGUGCGACGUGUGGCGCUGGCGCCUGGAGCGGUGGUCCAGGGGCGACCAGCUAGAGGCGCCCGCCGAGCUCCGCGGGGGCUCCGUGAGCAGCCGCGCCCCGGUCGUCGAGGAGCUGCCGCCGCAGGGCGCCGCCGCGUCGGCGGUGGACAGCGGCCGCCUGGGGCUGCCGCUGCACGCGCGGCCGCCGCUGCGGCAGCGCCUGCGGCGCUUCGACGGUGGGCUGCUGGAGGCCGGGGAGGCGGUGGCCCACCUCUUCUCCGCGCUGGUCUCGCCGGCAGACCUGUGGCGGUACUUCUUGUUCCGGCUCGGAGACCCCUCGACACCCGACUUCAGCCCGAAGCUGGCGCCGCAUGCCGAGGGCGGCGCCUCGCCGUUGGAGCUGCUGAGGCCGCCCCGCCUGAAGGCGGACCCCUCGCUCGCCGAGGUGGCCUCACUGCCGCGGCUCGUGCUCAAGAACGCGGCCUGCGAGCAUGCCCCAAAGUUCCGCUGCAGGGGGACCAAGGGCUCGUGGUCUCCCACCCUCGCGUUUGCGAGCAACGCCAGCGUCGAGACUGCGUUCUCUUAUAUCGGGCGCUUCGAUGCCUUCAUCGAUGCCUGGGGCCUCGGCAUUGUGGCAACCGGAAUUGUCAGCCCCCCGUCUGCCUGCCCGGAGCGGGGCAGCGAGGUCGUGUCGAGGGCCCCGGAGCGGAAGCUCCAGCUCUUCUCUUUCCAGGGCGUCUUGGAGCGCGAGUGGAACCUCGAUGCGCUCAUCCGGUACAUCAAGGUGGUCGGCGGCGCGGCGCAGCGGGAGGGCCUGCUGGUCGGCCUCAAGAACGGCAGCUGCGGGGCUCGAGGUUUUGGGCUCGAGGUGUGCGAGGCGUUCGAGGUGCUCGAGGCUGGCGCCGGGCUCUCCAUGGCCGGGGCAGAGACGCUGCAGGUGCGCACCCUGCUGACCGCCGAGCACCGCCUCGCCUCCGACCCGGGCAGGAGCAGGCUCUGGAGCUUCCUGCGCGUGCGCUGCGGGCGCGGGGCCGGGGGCCCCGGGUUGUGGAGCGGCGGCCGCAUCUACAGCCGGCUGGUCUGGGUGCAGCACCUGCACCUGUACUUUCUCGUGGUCUUCUGGAGGCACUACUGGCCGCUGCUCGGCAUCUCCGUCUCGCUCUUCCUGUGCGUGUGGCAGGGCGGCGUGGAGCACUCCUGGCUGGACCCGAGCUUCUUCCGGGGCAUUGGCCUGCUGAUCGCGGUGCUCCUCUCCUUCCGCACCAAGAACGCCGUGUCCCUGCGCCAGCGCACCGGCGCCUGCGUGCUGCGGAUGCUGGCCGGCGCGCGCAGCCUGCUGCACUUCUCGGGGCGCGGCCCGGGCGGCAAGGACGGCUGGAUCCGCAUGCACUGGGUGUUGUCCAUGGCCUUCGUGGAGGCGGCCGACUGGCUCGUGCUGCACAGCGAGAAGUACACGGGCAACCCGUCCGAGCUGCCGAGCAUGCUGGAUACCUUCAAGGCUGCUGAGUUCAUCUCUUUGGACAUCGAGACGUGCCAGAAAAUCCAUGACAUGCGUGCAUUUGUUUACGAGGCGGUCGUGAAGAUCAUAAAGGAGCCGGACAUGCAGCAGGAGCUGGAGACGACAGUCAUGGACAUCCUUGGCCGCAUUCACAGCUUCGACGGGAUGAAGGCGCUGAAGUGCGGCGACGAGGCGAAGGAGCACGCGCACAUGAAGGCGCUGCUGGAGAAGGGCUUCGGCGUCAUGAAGGAGCAUCGCGCAUUGUCGACCAUUGGGACUGGUUCCACCCCGCUGGAGCUGGCGCCCGUGCUUUCGAAGAUCCAGACAGCAAAGAACAUGCACUCCGACGUGCAGUGCGUCUCGGACACGCCGGGCGAGAUUCACUGCGCCCACCACAUCGACAAGAUCAAGCAGGCCUUCCAGGACACCUUCGGCCCCCAUGAUAGCACGGACCCCCACACGGACGACGUCGACGCGGCCACCGCGGCGUUGGAGAAGGACUUGGAGGAGAAGACGGAGAAGCUCAAGCUCAUCAGCGGCGGCGGGCGCGCGAACGAGAGUCAGAAGAAAGACAUUGCGCAGGAGGUGAGGGCGUUGGCUGCGGGCAGUGCGCGCCUGUGGCUGGAGGCGCGGGGGGGCGUCCAGGCCAUCCCAGCGUUGGUGCAGGCGGUGACGCAGCUGACGGCGCAGCCGUCGGCACGUCCCACCUUGGUGGACAACAAGGGGAUUGGCAAGCCUACAGCCUUCGACGGUGCAGAGUCGAAGUACCGCGAGUGGGCUGCCAAGUUCGAGUCUUUUGUCGUGGGCGCCGUGGGGGGCCCGAUCGAGGGCUUCGACGAGAUGGUGACUCAGCGGCACGCGGCACUGCAGCAGUUGAGCACCGGCGAGCCGUUCGACAUCAUCCAGGGCGUCGGGAAGGGGAGCGGGUUCGAGUGCUGCUUUUUUGGAGCGUCAAGAUGUCAACUGGACGAACACGUCUUGCUCGACCAGUCUCGCCUGGACACCCGCGAGCUGUUCAGGCGCGAGAUCGCGUCCUACCUCGAGGCUCGCGCGGGCUCGCGUCUCAGGGGCGCCUCGGUGCUGGCCCGGCCCCGGCGCGACCCCAACGCCAUGGGCGUCGGGUUCGCGCGCGCGCGCGUUGCGGGUGGCUCCACGGCGGGCAGGGCGAAGGUGAUCAACCGGUUCCAGAGGAGUGGCGAGGUCGACGAGGACAUCAAGCCGCAUCAGGAGAACGGCGUCUACAACGCUUGCAUGAAGCUGCCGAAGGCCAGGGCCGAGGCGCUCAGGGAGAUCAAGGGCGUCAUCAGGACUCUGAUCGUCGCUGCUCAGGCCAGGUGGGAUCGCAAGCUGCCAUUUGGUCAUCCUAUCGCGCUGUGGGCUCCGAUAUACACGGCGCAGGUGCCCAACGGGUCUGGGCCUGGGCUAGGAGACGACGGCAAUACAGCCUAUCAAAACACCAGCGGCAAGCGCUGGAAGCGAGUUGCAGUAUCCUUCGGCGAGCGUACCAGCGUCAAAAGGCUGGUUGAGGACGCGCUCAAGCGCGACCUGGAGCCACGCUGGGUUACUGGGUACUAUACUGGGCAUACCAGCAGGAGCGGUACGGCUUUGGCGCUUACUGCGAAAGGCGCCCAGCGUGGGACGGCGGUUGCUCGAUUGCCGCCAGACCAGCGUUGGGCUUGGGCCGAGGUGGAGAUCCUCGGCGUCAGGGGUAAACCGUGGGAUUGUCAGGGCGACGACGACCGCUGUGCUGCGGCUCCCGCCGACGCCGCACCACGAGCACGACCUAUGGACGCACCAGUCGUUAUCUUCCCCCCCCCGUGGCUGCUGGGCCACGCGACGUCUGCUGGCCGAAGCCGCGAAGAAAAAGGCGACGCCAACUUGUCGCUGCCAGACGAAGCACUUAGAGAACUACCGCGAGACUUUGCCACGCGCCCGCUGGCGUUGUGGCGCACCCCGAGGAAUGUGCCGCUGCCGGGCGAAGCACUUAAAUAUGCACCGCAGGACUUAGCCACGCGCCCGCUGGCGCUGUGGCCCAAGCCGCGCAGAUCAAGCGCCGCCACCUUGUCGCUGCUAGAGGAACGCGCCGCUUGCCGCUUCCUGGCGAGGCACUUGAAUAUGUACCGCAGGAAAGUGCCGCUGCGGGGUGAGGCGCUUGAAUAUGUCCCGCAGGACUUCCCCGCGCGCCCGCUGGCGCUGUGA